AUGUCGACGUACGCUGCACCACUAGAGAACACACGCAAUGUCACGAUCGUCGCGCACGUCGAUCACGGCAAGACGUCGUUUGCGGACAGCCUCCUGUCCAGCAACAACAUUAUCAGCAACCGUAUGGCCGGUAAGCUCCGGUACCUCGACUCGCGAGAGGACGAGCAGGAACGCGGCAUUACUAUGGAGAGCAGUGCUGUGUCGCUUCGUUUCGACAUGAUGCGCGCUGGACCCGAUGGACCGGUCGCGUCCAAACACAUCUGUAACGUCAUUGACACACCUGGACACGUCGACUUUGCGAGUGAAGUGUCAAUGGCCUCGCGGUUGUGUGACGGCGCGCUCGUCCUUGUCGACGUGUGGGAGGGAGUGUGCACGCAGACCAUCGCAGUGUUGCGGCAAGCAUGGAUCGACCGCCUCCGUCCCCUCCUUGUCAUCAACAAGAUGGAUCGCCUGAUUACAGAGCUUCAGCUGUCGCCAAUCGAGGCGUAUCACCACAUCUCGCGCUUGAUCGAGCAAGUGAAUGCGGUCAUGGGAUCUUUCUACGCAUCUGAGCGCAUGGAGGACGACUUGCGAUGGCGCGAAGCCCGAGAGAAGCGCCUCAAGGAACGCGCGGAGGCAGAAUCAGCCGGCGAUGCACCAGAAGGCGACGGUGAUGACGAGCACGAGUUUGAAGAGCGCGAAGAUGAGGACAUUUACUUCUCACCCGAGCGCGGCAACGUGCUCUUCGCCUCUGCACUCGAUGGGUGGGCGUUUCGCCUCGGCAAGUUUGCACGCCUGUACGCUGACAAGCUCGGAGUCAAAGAGGGCAACCUCCGCCGUGCAUUGUGGGGUGACUGGUUCCUGGACCCGAAGACGAAACGCGUCGUCGGGCGCAAAGGGCUCAAUGGGAGACCGCUGAAGCCCCUCUUCGUCCAGUUUGUGCUUGAGAACAUCUGGAAGGUGUACAAUGUCGUCCUCGAGGAGCACCAGUACAACCCCGAGGCGACGAGCAAGAUUGUCAAGGCGCUCAAUGUGCGCGUGGCGCCCCGAGAGCUCAAGUCCAAGGACUCUAGGAACCUCCUCACGUCGAUUAUGCAGCAGUGGCUACCACUCAGCACGGCUACCUUCCAAGCGGUGGUGGACGUCAUCCCGGCCCCAAAUGCUGCGCAGGCAAUCCGCAUCCCCUUCAUGCUUCAUCCACAGGAGGCGCGCGCCUCGUCCACUCCUCUUCAGCCCGUCGGCGGACUCGAGAAGGCACUCUUCGCAUGCGAUCAGCGGCCCGAGGCUCCUCUCGUCGCAUACGUCUCGAAAAUGUUCGCUGUGCGCCGUGGCGACCUCCCGCAGUUCAAGCCGCGCGAGAUGACAGCCGAGGAGAUGCGUGCCCGCGGACGUGAAGAGCGAGAGCGCCGCGCAGCCCUCGCAGCCAAGCAGGGUGAGGUUUCAGACCCCAACGACCUCGCAAAGCCGCUUGAGAGCCUCAACCUUGACGUCGCGGUGGAGGAGCCUAAGCCUGCGGCGGACGCCGAUGCCGAGGUCCUGCUGGGCUUCUCGCGCGUCUUCUCGUCUGUUCUCCGACGCGGUGCCACCGUCACCGUCACGCUACCCAAGUACGACGCCGAGCUUGGGCCCAACCACUCCCGAAACGCCAAGCACAUGCGCCAAGCGACCGUCUCCGACCUGUACAUGAUGAUGGGCCGCGACCUUGUUGCUGUCGACUGCGUCCCGGCUGGCCAUGUGUGCGCUAUUGCCGGCUUGGACAAUAUCGUCCCCCGCAAUGGCACGCUGUGUGCUGCGAACGCCAACGGCGACGCACCCGGCGCGGACGGCCUCGUCAACCUCGCUGGCGUCAACAUGCAGGCUGCGCCUAUUGUGCGCGUUGCACUAGAGCCGUUGAACCCUUCCGACAUGCCCAAGCUCAUCGAGGGCUUGCAGAUCCUAAACCAGGCAGACCCUUGUGCCGAGUACAUCGUACAGGAGACGGGCGAGCAUGUCAUUCUCACCGCAGGAGAGCUGCAUCUCGAGCGCUGCCUCAAGGAUCUGCGGGAGCGGUUCGCAAAGUGCGAGAUCCAGGCGAGCGAGGCAAUUGUCCCAUUCCGCGAGACGGCGAUCAAGGCGCAGGACAUGGCGGCUCCCAAGACGGCUGGCGAGCCACGCGGCGUUGUCCUCGGAUCUUUGUACGACGGGAUGGUGACUUUCAAGUUGCGCGCCGUGCCUCUCCCACCUCCUGUCAUCGAGUUCCUGCUUGCGCACCAAAACACGAUCGGAACCAUGCUCGUGCAUCGCGCCAAGGACGCCGAGGAGGAGGAGGAGGAAGAUCCUGACCAGCGCGAGGCCGAGGCGGGUGUGCGCACGCUCACGCCCGAGCAGUUCUGGACCGAUCUCGAAGCGCGCUUCGACGAGGCCGGCGGCGAGUGGGCUGGGGCAGCGGAUCGUGUUUGGUCAUUCGGGCCGAAGAAGGUCGGCGCCAACGUCCUCCUCGAUCCCAUUGGCAAGGGUGGUCUGCGCUUGCGCGGACGCGAGGCGGUCUUCGCAGCCGCUCGCGCAGCUGGCGAGACGGCUGAGGAGGCGCUGGCGUUGGCUGACGCGGCCGAAGACGCCGAGCGCACGGCGGAGGAGAAGGCCGAAGUGGCCGAUGCGCAGGAGAGCGAGGCCGAGAUCGCGCGCCGCCUGCGCGACUUUGACACGUCGAUCGAGGCAGGUUUCCAGCUCGCGACAUUCCAGGGCCCGCUAUGUGCCGAGCCUGUCGUCGGAAUGGCCUGGAUCCUCGAGCAGCUGACGUACACGCCGACCGAGUCGGGCCGUGGCGCUGCCGUAGUCGGCGCUCUGAUCUCGGGUGUACGUGACGCCGCUCGAGCAGGUAUGCUCGACUGGUCCCCGCGCAUCAAGUUGGCAAUGUACACCUGUGACAUCCAAGCCUCGACCGAGGUGCUUGGCAAGGUAUAUGGAGUCGUUGCGCGCCGCCGCGGCCGCAUCGUAGCCGAGGAGAUGAAGGAGGGCACCGACUUCUUCACUGUCCGUGCCAUGCUGCCUGUCGUCGAGAGUUUCGGGUUCGCCGACGAGAUCCGGAAACGCACGUCUGGGGCCGCGUCACCCCAACUCGUGUUUGCGGGAUACGAAGUACUGGACCUAGACCCGUUCUGGGUUCCCACGACAGUCGAGGAACUUGAGGACCUGGGCGAGAAGGCAGACCGCGCCAAUGUCGCCAAGGGCUACGUCGAUGCCGUGCGCAAGAGGAAGGGUAUGUUUGUCGAGAAGAAGAUGGUCGAGUUUGCGGAGAAGCAGCGGACGCUCAAGCGCUAG